GGGUACAUUGGCACAGCAAACAUGGCUAAAAUAGCCUAUCUUCUUACCACUCUUUUAGUGGCUUUAGUGUCACUUAGCUUCCCUUCAGAAUGCAAAGCAAAUUACUACUAUACAUCUCCACCCCCACCAACCCCAGUUUAUAAGUAUAAGUCUCCGCCACCACCAGUUUAUAAGUACAAGUCACCACCACCACCACCUCCCGUCUAUAAAUCCCCACCACCACCCGUUUACAAGUAUAAAUCUCCACCACCACCUGUCUACAAGUACAAGUCUCCUCCACCACCACCUCCAGUUUACAAAUACAAAUCUCCACCACCACCUGUCUAUAAGUACAAGUCUCCUCCACCACCACCUCCAGUUUACAAAUACAAAUCUCCACCACCACCUGUCUAUAAGUACAAGUCUCCUCCACCACCACCUCCAGUUUACAAAUACAAAUCUCCACCACCACCUGUCUAUAAGUACAAGUCUCCUCCACCACCACCUCCAGUUUAUAAGUACAAAUCUCCACCACCACCCGUAUAUAAGUAUAAGUCUCCUCCACCACCACCCCCAGUUUACAAGUACAAAUCUCCACCACCACCUGUCUAUAAAUACAAGUCUCCACCACCACCAACUCCGGUUUAUAAGUAUAAAUCUCCACCACCACCGGUCUACAAGUACAAGUCUCCACCACCACCAACUCCAGUUUACAAGUACAAAUCUCCACCACCACCUGUCUAUAAAUACAAGUCUCCACCACCACCAACUCCGGUUUAUAAGUAUAAAUCUCCACCACCACCGGUCUACAAGUACAAGUCUCCACCACCACCAACUCCAGUUUACAAGUACAAAUCUCCACCACCGCCUGUCUAUAAGUACAAAUCUCCACCACCACCAACUCCAGUUUACAAGUACAAAUCUCCACCACCACCCGUUUAUAAGUACAAGUCUCCCCCACCACCCGUCUACAAGUACAAGUCUCCACCACCACCCGUUUACAAAUACAAGUCUCCACCACCUCCAGUCUACAAGUACAAAUCUCCACCGCCACCCGUCUACAAGUACAAGUCUCCACCACCUCCAGUCUACAAGUACAAAUCUCCACCGCCACCCGUCUACAAGUACAAGUCUCCACCACCUCCAGUCUACAAGUACAAAUCUCCACCGCCACCUGUUUACAAGUACAAAUCUCCUCCACCACCUCCUCCAGUUUACAAGUACAAGUCACCACCACCACCAGUUUACAAAUACAAGUCACCACCACCACCCGUUUACAAAUACAAAUCACCCCCACCCCCAGUUCACAAGUCUCCAGCCCCUUACUAUUACACUUCUCCACCUCCUCCUAGCCACUACUAGUUUCACACUAUCGAACAAGGACCAGAGGAAUAAGAAGGAACACCUCCAUGGGAUAAGAAUAAAUUGAAGAGUUUUAAAGAAGUAGUAAUUAAAGCCACAAAGGGACAUUUAUCUUAUUUUGUUUUGUGUUUUGUGCCAUUGACUUCACGUAGUUGUAUAUUUCGUGAAGUUCUUGAAAUAUUUAUAUAUUGGAUGCAUGUAAUAUAUAUUUAUUUACGUACCAUAGUCGUACAUGUUUAUGUGCUUUUGAAUUUUGACUUCUUGAAUUGUAUAAGUCAAAGUACUUUGUAAUAAUAAGAUCAAUAAGUUCAUUGAAUAACAUUGUUGUGAUUUCCUUUUCCAAA